AUGAAGAAGAAAGGCAACGCAACUACUGCGGUACGUUUUGAGUUGGCCUGCCUACUUACUUACUUACUAUAUCCUGGAAACUUCCGUUAGAAACUGACUUUUUUUUAUUGCUAUAUGUAAGACAUAAGCUACAUUGUAGCCAAUAUGUUCCUGUCCGUAAAGUGGCCGGUUUAGAUUGUUGUAGCAUAUAUUUUUGCGGUGAAACCAUAUUCAACUCAAUUUAAAGACGUUGGAUGUUUAUUUUAUUUUAUUGUUUGACUUUACCAUAAGGCGUCUGAAAAAAAUGAAAGUGUGUUUCGUCGUGUGUGUGCUGAGCACGGUGGUAGUUUCUUGUUCGGGAGAAAAUAGUCGCUUCGAGAAGUCAUUCAACUAUUCCCCGGGAAUGAUGCAAGUCCUCCGGGAGACGCUCACGGAUUUGUCCAAGGAGGCGCACGGUUACCUGGUCCACCUUCUCGGGGCAAGGUCCGUUGAAAAUGCACAGGAGUGUUUCUUUCAGGUGGUCAAGUAUCUGGCUGAGGCAGCGGCCAGUGGAGCGAAUGUGGUUAUGAAGUACCUCGCCCAGUUCCUGAUGGUAGCAGGAGUUGAUGUUGAAAUGCCUGUUAACAGUAUCACCCCAGAUGCUGUGGUCUAUAUCGGUCAGUGGCUUCUGCUGGCUCUCAUUGGCUACUGGCUGCUGUCCCUGGCCUUCCGAUUGGUGGCGUCCACUCUGAGGCGGGUCCUGUGGCUACUGAAGCUGGGUGUGGUUUUAGGACUGUUUUGCCUGAUCCUAAGUGACAGCAGUGCUGGAACGGAGACUACGGCGCUGCGAUUGGCCGGCCUGGUGAGCGUCUGCGUCCUAUUGGGUAUCGGGCAUUCUGGCACCGGGGGUGAUAAAACCUACCUGGAGGAUCAAGUGAGGGUGCUAGAGAGACGAGUGAGAGAAAUGGAGAGGAGGAAAGAGAAGUGAGGGGUGGCUGGAUGGGAACUGAAAGGCCUUGUUUUGUACAUUAACCUAGGUCUAGGAUCGUAACAAGGACGUUGUACAUAAAGUUUUGUUUAAAAACAAAUGGUAUCGUUUUGCAUAAUGAAGCACUUUGCCUUUUUCAUAAAGAUCUUAGUUAAUGUGUGUGAGAAACAGAAUUGACAGCAAAUAUGAUUAGCUUGUUUUAAAGGAAACAGGCGGACAAGAGUAUUGUGUUUUCUGUUUAUUGAGGUGGACCCAUGCAUGUCCUACAAUAAAUGCUUUUGAUAUUCGCAGAAUAGAAACACUAAACAUUCCAUAAGGUAUCAUGAUAUGUCAUUGGAAAUCAUAUUUUUCUUCAUUCUCGCGCCUUUCCAGUUAUGGCAGCAUACACCACAAACAAGUUCAAAUAAAACAAAACUGAUGCAUACUUCCUAUUACCUACAUUUGAGAUCUGUCCAAAAGUUUAAGCGUAAUCAAGAGGCCUUCUCAUCUGCCCUUCUCCAAUUGAGAUUUUACCUUGACCAACUAGGGCCAGGAGUUUACUGUUCUGGUUACAUGGUCUGGAAAUGACCUCUCCCUGAAUAUAAUCAUGUAAAAUACAUUUCUCACCCCCUGACCUGACCAGGGGUACAUUCAUUAGGAACCUAAUGGAAGCAACUAGGUUGAAACGGGUAGGGACUAACUGAAUUUGUCCCAAAAAGUUGUUACCGUUUGCUUCAUUGUGCACUUAUGAAGACACCCCAGGACAAGAAGGCACUGGAUGCGUUUGUGUGAUAAGGCUUAAGCAAACGACUAGGUGAAAUCGGGGGAGGAGCAACGGCGACAGCCACAAGUUUGGGCACGUGGUUUUGCACCAAAUCUCAGACGAACAUGGCAGUGUUGCCAUUGUUAUGAAAGUAUUUCUUUGUAACGUUAAAAUAAUCACGUCUCCAACUUCCAUAUCACACAAUCGUAAUUUGAAAUCAUGCGGGUGUACAUUGUACAAACAAUGAGACUCGUAUCACAUUCAUUUUGUAUAUAUCCACUGUAUACAUAAAUCAAGGCAAAGUUGGUUCCUGUUUCAGUCAUGUCUUUGGUCACGUUCGUGUGGGUCAAACAAAAACAACCUAAUGAUUGGUUGACAAUAGAGCCUCCCACAAUGCAGGUGAUGGCUGCAGGAGGAAGUUGGUGAAGAGCAACUGCAGAAACUUGCAGUCAAAACGUCAUGACCUUUUUUUGUAAAGCUCAUGCAGUUGACAUUUAGGCACAAGUGGGAUCAUUUUUAUCCCCAUAAUGCAUCACACUUUGAAAGGUGGUGGCCACUGACUUGACAAGUGAUCCGCUCGAACUGUCUGUAAAACCUUCAGGAGUGCGUCAUUAUUUAAGAGACAAAUAGGAUUUUAUAUUUAAAUACCAAAAUGAGCCUUUUAAACCAAGAUGAUGUGUGUUGCAAAUGGCACCCUAUAGUACACUACUUUUGAGGGAGAUGCAGACGAUGUAUAGCAUCUUAAUAAAAUAGCGCCCUCCCAGUGUAUUAAUAAGUUAUUUAACUCUACAUACCCACCCUGUUGAAAUGACAGCAGUUUCAUAUGUAUAACUAAAAUGAUACACCACAUGCAUAUAAUGAAAAACGGCUAUACAUUGGGAAGUAAAGGCAUUUCUGAUCGUAUUUGCAUGCAUAUAUAUAUAUAUAUAUAAAAAACACACACACACUUUAAAUAUACACAACAGGAAGUGGCUACCUGACUGGCGGAGAGCUUUACUUGGUCUACCGAGUGGAUGAUAAGUUGUCCUAGCAUCUUCUGAUUGUAUGAUUAGGAGUGAUAUGGGUUCUGAUUGGAUUAUGAUACACUUAG